UCUGGCGAAGCAAGGAGGGAGCAUGGGGUGUUUUUGAAUAAUUAUUAAAAUGAGCAUGUGUCUGCGCCAUCCUGUGGGUGUGGCGCAGAGCGGAGUGUAAACUCUAGCCGGGCGAAGCAAACAUUGGCUUAGCGGCAGCAGCUGCCAGCCUGUGCCUAGGAGUGUGGGGACUAGCGCGGCAGCAAGCAGACCGGCACCAUGGCCUCGUCUCAGGGGAAAAACGAGCUGAAAUUCGCCGACUGGAUGGCAACUCUGCCUGAGAGCAUCCACAGCAUCCCCCUCACCAAUUUAGCCAUCCCAGGGUCCCAUGAUUCCUUCAGCUUCUACAUUGAUGAAGCUUCUCCAGUAGGACCUGAGCAGCCAGAAACUGUCCAAAACUUUGUCUCUGUGUUUGGAACUGUAGCCAAGAAGCUGAUGCGGAAAUGGUUAGCCACCCAAACGAUGAGCUUCACUGGUCAGCUGGGAGCUGGAAUCCGAUACUUUGACCUUCGAAUUUCCACCAAGCCCAGAGACCCAGACAAUGAACUGUAUUUUGCUCAUGGCUUAUUCAGUGCCAAAGUCAAUGAGGGUCUUGAAGAGAUCAAUGCAUUUCUCACAGACCACCACAAAGAGGUAGUGUUCUUGGACUUCAACCAUUUUUAUGGGAUGCAGAAAUAUCACCAUGAAAAAUUGGUCCAAAUGCUGAAAGACAUCUAUGGAAACAAAAUGUGUCCAGCCAUUUUUGCCCAGGAAGUGACUCUAAAGUACCUAUGGGAGAAGGACUAUCAAGUACUGGUCUUCUACCAUAGUCCAGUGGCACUGGAAGUGCCCUUCCUCUGGCCUGGGCAGAUGAUGCCAGCACCCUGGGCAAACACGACAGACCCUGAGAAAUUGAUCCAGUUUCUUCAGGCAUCCAUCACUGAGAGAAGAAAGAAGGGCUCGUUUUUUAUAUCUCAGGUGGUGCUGACACCCAAAGCAAGCACUGUGGUCAAGGGUGUGGCGAGUGGCCUCAGAGAAACAAUCACAGAAAGAGCUCUUCCUGCCAUGAUGCAAUGGAUCCGCACCCAGAAGCCAGGAGAGAGCGGCAUCAAUAUUGUCACUGCUGAUUUUGUAGAACUCGGUGACUUUAUCAACACUGUCAUAAAACUCAACUACGUCUUUGAUGAAGGAGAAGCCAACACUUGAUAUUACUCUUCCGGAGUGUCCAUGAGGAAGAUAAGGAAGCCUCAUUGUAUUAGACAUAUUAUCAAUAAGCCCUCUGAUUUUCCUGUUCCACUGAGUCUCUGAAGGAAUCAGGGCUUAGGAGUGGGUGGGAAAUGAGGGCAGACCAUGUCUUCAGUGAUUGUAACCAUAUUCUGCAUUGCUAUAAAUAUGUCAUUUCCAAUUUGGUGACCAAAAUCUACUUCUAGUGUUAGGAAUAGAAAAGAACUGUGUAUCUCGUUUUUCAGAACUAAUGUUUGUGCUGUGUAACCCAUGAGUGUUUACUAGAUUGCAUUUUCUAAUUUCAACCUCAGGCUCCUGUAUUAUUCAUAGCCUCUACCCCUUCCACUUCCUCUCUCUUGCUCGCUCUUCCUAAUUAGAUGCUAUAUGGGUCUCAAAACAAUUGAAUGCCCAACAUAAUGUGUAUUGCAUUAUUGUGCCGAAAUGUGUUUGUUUUGUGAGACUUGGUAAAAAUAUUCCAUAGUCAUCUGCAAUUGAGCAAUCAUAGCUAAUUCUUGGUCAUAGAAAAUAUGCAUCAAAUCAGCCUCCCUGCAUCAGUAAUAUUGGCAGCCAGGAGUGAUUUUGUGUUUUAUGAAAACAACGGCAUUUCAGCGUGGCUGUGUGCAAGGCAGCUAUGACUAUCAUGCAAACAGGCUUUUGGAAAGACUAUGGGUAUCAACUUCACAGUGAAAAAGAAAAGGAAUGGAAUAUACACAGAUAGAUGCUAUUUUAAUUCAACAAAGUCUUAAAUGAUAAUGUCCUGCAAAUGUCAAACUACAAGUGUGUGGAAAUCAGAAAAAAAAUCUGAUUUCUUUAAAUCCUUAAACUUUAAAAAGUUAUCUUAACAAUUGCAUUGUUCUAAAAAUAGAAAAGGAAAGACCACAAGACUCUACUACAAAAUAGGAGUUCUAAAUGCACAAAUUUUAAACCCAGAUCAUGAAAAAAAGGUUAAAGAAGCUUUAUUUAUAUUUAUAACUUAGAAAGAAGAAAAUGAAGGGAUGCAGGAGUGAAUUAGAAUAAUAUUUUUAAGAUUGUCCCUGCAAUCUUUGUAGUCCUUUUACAAAUUCUUUCAAUAUGGAUGCCCUUUAUAGAUUCAUUUACAAUUAGCAUUCUAGGUUCCAUACUGCCUGAGGCUAGACAGAGACCAAGGAGCUGAAGUCUCAGUGUCUGUGGCAUCACUUUUGGUAAUCCAAGGGAAACAAUGUUAACCCCCCCCCCUUUUUUUGAGUGUUGAAUUCUUCUUGGUAUCUUUGUAGUGUUUGAAAACUCUAAAACACACCCUGCUAAGAGCACAAUACCCUUCUCUGUAUGUAUCAUAGGAAUAACGUAAGGGAUUAGUAAAAAUCUAUACAAUUACUGAAGUUUCUAAAAUUACACAUUAUUUUAUCUUCACACAUAGAAAUUAUCAAACAAGUAGUUUCUUUGGACAAGAAAUCCCAUGCAUAUCAGACUCGUAGGGGAAAAAAAUCAUUCAUUUGUUUUUUAAUUCAUUUAAAUGGAGAACAUAUGACUUAAUUCCUUUGGCCUAGAUAAGGACUUGAUUUCAAGUUUAUAUCUCAAUAUUAUAAAUAACCAAGAGUUGACUUAGAUUAUAGAUACUCUUCACUAGAAAACAGCACUGACCAACAACUACAGAGUGAAUAAAAAUUGUCUUUAUUGACCAAUAUAUUUAUGAAAAAUGUGUUUAGACUAAAUGACUUACAUAUGCACAGAACAGAUAUGUUUAUAAUUCCAGAUCUCUGUGUGUGUUUUGUCACACAUACUCUGGUGCAGACAAACAAAUACAGACACACACAGAUUAUAGUCAAACAUAAUACAAUUAUUUUUCAAAUAAAAACACUGACAUUAGUAAAUAAUUUAAUUUAAAGAAAAAUUCCAGAGCCAGGCAUGAGUAUAUGCCUAUAACUGUGGAACUUGAGAGCCAGGAGAAUAAGUACUUCUUCAAGUCUAGCCUGGGCUACACUGUGAGCUCAAAGCUACCCUGAGCUAUAUAAGGAGAUCCUAUCUAAAAAAUCUAAACAAUAAAAUAAAGAUAGCAUCCUUGAGCAAUGUAUGGAAAAUGUUAUAAAACAUUUGAGAACGCAGUAGUUCAUCAUAUAAAAUGUUUUCUAUAAAGUAUUCCAGAUUGGGACUUUAAUACUCACAAAAUAUGAUUCUUUCCCUGUUAACUUCUCCAUCUUUUGCAAGUCUAUUAUCUGACUAUUUCACUUGAUCUUCUUGAGCAGAGAAACUGAAACUUUUUUUUAAAACAGAUUUAUCGAUUAUUGACCUUAUGCUCUAUCAAUUUUGCUCUCUGACUACUUGAUUUUGAUGCUUUCGGAGCAUCUAUGGCCAAGCGCAGUUGCAAUGACACAAUUAUCUAUCUUACAAUAUGACAGAACGAGGUUCCUAAUCUGUUAGCAAAAAAAAUGGAUGCAAUGUAGAAGUGAUCGUGUUGUAUUUUCUUGAACUUGGAUUCUUCCCUACAGUCUUCGUGAUAUUUACCAUGUGGGUGCUGGAAAGAAUGAACAUAAUGAAGCAUUCAGGUGAAACUUCCAGACUAGGAAAGAGAGGGUUCCGUUUGUUUGUUCCUUUGUUUUCUUGUUUGUGCCAUUAAUGAUGUCUGCACAGAAAGUCCUUUCAAUCUCAACUUCUGAUUUCCAAGGGGAUACACAGUUAGCUCCUAGGUAGUAGGCACUAAGAUAAAUGGACCUGCCUUAACUUCUAAUGAGGGACUAAAUAGAAAUAAACCAUAAGAGAAUUUGCUAAAGUAUUUCCCUAAAACAGGGAAGCGGAGAGAAGGUGCCUUUGGCUGUUUCCUGGCCACUGGCCCUGCUGUGGAACACAUUCCUGGUGCAGACUUUGGGCCUUUCAUAGAGAAAUGGUGGCUAUGCGAUCAAAUUGGACCCUCAAUUCUGCUUUGUCUUUCCUGAGUCCUGGGAGCACAAGGGCUACACAUAGGCUUCAAGUGAAGGUAUGUCUUAGUGUACCUUCUGUUUUGUUGGCACUUAAGACACUUUAUGUUACAAGUCCUACAAAGCAAAAACAAAACUAAAAUCCAACUGUUACUCAGCCCAGGACAAGUCCAUGGCAUGAGUGGAACAAGGGAAAAUACUCAGAUGAAUCCACUUUUACAUUUACUUUCCUAUCAGUAACUCUGAAGGACCAAUAUAACAAUGACUUCUGCCAUUACAAAGUAUGUCUCCUUCUUCCUACACAGUCAUGUGAGCACAGAGAAGGUGAGGCAUCCUUUAAAAGCCUUAGGAUAUUUUAUAUGGUAACCUCGAUGUUCACUUUUAGCCAUAUUGGGAAAACUCAUAUUUCACAGAACGCCACCUAACAGAGAAUGUUUCAGAGCAUAAAAUAUUUGGCAAGACACACUUGUACAUGCACAUGUUUGUGUAUGUGCAUAAGGAUGCCUGAGCAUGCACACACACACACACACACACACACACAGUGUUGAAGUCACACCCUACAUUGGCCUAACUGGUUUUAUUGCAAUUUUAACUCUUGAAAUCAAUAUUUCCUAUGUUGUCAGGGUUAAAAAUAGUUUGACUAUUUGGGUAUUUGAGGGGAAAAUGAUUGAAAAUAACCAAUGAAAAGUGAGACCAUCAGAAACUAGAUACACUGGGCAGCAGUGCUCUAAUUAUACUGUCAAUAACAUCUCAAGAUACAAGAUCUAAUGCAAAUUUAGAUAUAAAUGUUUGAUCAUACAUCUUCACUCAAAGUUGCUUGAGUCCUGUGAAGUUCUGAGGUGUUUUUAGGCAGCACUAUACCUGUCUAGGUUCCUACCUGUUGGGAUUAUAGACUGGAGAGCUGGAAGUCUCAGGAAAUGAUGUUUUUGGUUAUUUUUUCAGUUCUACUGUUUUACAAAUAUUUAGCGACACAAUGGUCUAACUUUUCUCUGGUUGGUCAGCCAAAGAGGAACAGUAUAGGCCAAGUGUUUGCACCCUGAACAGCUAAGAGAAAAUAACACACAUUGGCCCCAAGGAGAUGCUAAAUGAGAUCUCUACAGUGUUUUAUUUUGCUAUAUUUUGGUCUUCUCUAGCUUUCAGUGACACCAUGGUGUGAAUGCUCUACUUGCCAUAACUAACAUAUUGGUGGCUCCUGUGUAACGUGCAGUUUCAACAUGAUGUUCCAAAUUGUCUGUUUUCCCAGUGAUGAUAAGAAAACAUUCUAUAAAAUUUGUAAAAAGGUGUUAAUUGAGAAAUGUGUAAUUUUCAUUUUACUUGUGAGGCAAUUUUGUAGUUCUUAGUUCUGAUCAUGUAUUUGUAUGAGUCAAAAUUACGUGCUUGUCAGUGGUAAGUGUAAUUAUACUGUGUCUUCUCAAGAAACUUAUCCUAAAGAAAAAGGGCACAUCAUGGCUAGCCUUAGCUCACUGCCAUUUUGUUUGUUUUGUUUGGCUUGCUUUAGUUGCUGCAAUUGGAUUUAAAUUUUUAUCAGACAUUAUAUUUCUUCUAAAGAUGUCACUUAAGCAAUCAUGCACAGUACAUGCUUUAGAGUUGCUGAGCUCCUACAACUCCAUGGUCUAGUCUAUGAAUGAACAGCUAUACUUUGUCAUUAUUAAAAUCAUCUAGCUUAAUAACUUCUUUCUAUACUAGAAAACUAAAUUUACAUUUAUUUCCAUCAGUUUCAGAAUGAACACCAAAAUUCCAACACAGUAUUUGGUAAUGGUAGGUCAUUCCUUCUUUCAUGAUAAGGUUUCCAUGGAAAGACAUUUCUCUAACUCACAGCACUUGAAAUUUCUAUCAUAAAAAUAAGAUAGACUGUCUUGGAUCCAUGAGAAUCGUAAAUGCUCCAUUGACAUGAGGUGAUUCCAUUGUAUGGUUGCCUUCUGAAAAAAACUGGCCACUGCGUUUAUCUUUCUUUCUUUUCUGUGUGCAACAGGAAACUCCCAAUCAAUCAACAUAGGUGUUCAUGUUGGAAGCAAAAUCGUGACCUAUUUUAGGCUUAGACUUUGUUUAUAAAUAGCUUCCUCAUUUCUUCCCGACUCUGUUAUUUUUGUUUGUUUGUUUGUUUAAUAUUUAGAGUUGUCAAAUAAAAUACAGAACAGUAGUGAAAUUCAAAUCUCAGAUGAAUAAUAUGUUACUGAAGUUCCUAUUCAAUUGAUCAAAAAUGCUUACCUGCAUUGCUCAGAAAUGUUUGCAUACGGCUCCGUUUUAAACGGAUACAUUCUGUGUAGUGUUUUUAAAUCUGGCAACACUAUACAUAAUUCCUCUUAAUGUUUUCAGAUGGACUAUUGCAAACUGUGAGAUGGCCAGUCUCCUAUAUUAAGACCAAUCAUAAAAUCUGAAUAAAUAUUGUUUCAUGAAGAAAAUAUUGUUUCACACUAAGUGAUUUUCAAGAAUCAUCUCAAAGUCAUUUGAGUAAUCAAAAGAGUAUUAGAUAAAUGCGGCCAAAUUUAAAUUUUUCUUAUAAUGGCAUGUUGGAAGUCUAGACUCUAGCCAUUAUUUCUGGAAAUAGUAUCCCCCAGCUGUUGAGACAACAAAAAACAUGGCACAUGUUAAAAAUCUGCUCUUGGAAGGUGAGAGAACCUUCUAAUGCAAGACCAGAGCCUGUUCUAGAAUUUGGUGUGUUUUUCAAUGAGAGAAAAAUCAAAUGAUUCCUUCAUCCCAAUCCCUAUCAGUCACACCUCAAAAUUAUUUUAUGAGUUACAAGAAGUCACCUUAGUGACUGUAGAAUAUUUGAAAAAAUGAACUCUUUAGUGAGAGAGAAGAGAUUCCAAGGUAAAUACAGUCUAGUCCUGAGAGCUUCUUCCCACAGGAUGAUGCUGGGCAGUAGAUGGGGACAGAAAGAGGUGCCUGAGAUAAAGCCCAUGACAGAGAAGUGCUGAAGCAGAUUGUAUUCAACAGUUGGUCUUCAGGAACUGAAACUGAAGAACCCCUCGGAUUUAAAUUAAGAGAUCUAAAUCUGGUACCUAGGUUAUCUUUCAAAGACUAGAACCAUGCUGGAAUUUCUAAAUUAAUACCCAGUGUUUUUAGGACCAAGUCCUUCCUAGUGUGAACAUGGAUGGAGUUCUGAAAAAAAUCAUGGUAGCUACCUCCUCUUUUGAAAUGUCUAUGAGAAAAAAUAGGAAAACUCAAAUCCCAUAAUAUUUUUUCAUAUUGUGAUAGCUGCCUAUACAUAUUUACGUUGAUUUGCUUCAUUUCUGGAGAAAAAGAAUGUGUAGAGCUGGUGACGUUUCCUUCACUACCCCAGGAGUUCACCAGAAGGAGUCAGAUCUGUGCCUUCUCUUUUUAGGAUCUGUUCAUUGACACUUUAGUAAAUGUGCUGUAAUGAAAAUCCAUGCCUAUAUAGUCUGUAUAGAAAAUGUGACUUUUAUAGAUAUAAAAUUGUGUUCUUAAUGUUGAAAAAAGUUUAUUUGUAGCUAGUGAAAUUGCCUAAUAAAGUCCUGGAACCAGUAAUGCUCAGUUUUUCCAGUUUAUAUUCAUCCAUGCUUCAUUAUAUGCAAGAAAAUGCAUCUCUCUAGUGAAAUAUGAUUAAGAAUAUCUUCAAAAACAUCAUUACAUCAUAAUUUUCU